AUGAGCGGCAACCACAACCAGGACCCCACUGCGGGCGGGGGCACGCCACGCCUCGCCCUCUCCAUCCUCACAACUACGGGCGAUGCGCCCGAGACGCCGCUGACAACAACCCGCUUCGCGCCGCCGCCGGCCGUGGUGCGCACGUCGCCGCGGCUGAGUGCGCGGCCGCCCAACUCGCCCAUGAUCAGCGGCAAGAGCCCCCGCAUCAGCGGCAAGCAUGGGCGGAGCGCGAGCGGCGUGCGAGGCGGCGGGGGCGGGGGCAGCGGUGCGCCGCCGACGCCGAUCCUCUCGCACGCGCACUCGCCCGCCCUGCCGCCCAACGACAUCCCCAUCCCGCCCGACCAGCCCGAGUUCGCAGAGCUCCUCACGCCCGCGCAGCUGCAGAAGCGCAAGCGCGCCCGCGUGCACGGCACGCUCGGCACGGGGCUGGGCACGUUCGCCGGCCUGCCGGUGCUCGAGGGCCCGAGCCGGCUCGGAUUCACGACGCACAAUGGCGAUCUGUACCGCGGCGCCGUGGCCGACCCCAACGCCGGACAGGAGCCCGAGGAAGACAACGAGGACGCGCUGAGUGUCAGCUCGCGCACGUCGACGUCCAGCUCUUGGUCCUGGGGCAGUGGAAACCUCGAACGUGGUCGCCGUGCGACGAUGGGCGUUGUGCGUCGUGUCGGAGAGGCCAUCGGUGUGCGGAGAGGGAGCCACACGUCCCACUCGAGCGGGGCGAGCACGAAUUCGACGGAUAGCGAUAGUGACAAUGACGGCGCGACGUCCCGGUUCAGCAGGUUCGGCCGCGCGCUCACCCGCACCAUGUCGAGGGCGGGCACCGAGGCGUCGACGGACCGCCCGAGGCGAGUGUACAAGCCGCGUAGGCGAGAGUUUACGCUCGUGCUGCCGCCCGAGCCGAGCACGUUGCACCCGGCGGACAAGCAGCAGGAGUUUAUGCCGCUCGACGUGAGCGUGCCGGGGACGCCGGCCGAGUCGGAGCGGGUCAUUACCACGCCUGUGCUGCCGCCUAUUCUCGAGGCGAUCCGCGCCGCGCGCGCCCAGUCAGGCCACGGCGGGGUGGGUAGCGAGCCUGUCGUGGCCUCGUCUCACAACCUGCCGAUUCAUAACGUGCCGGUGCGGAGGGGCGGCUCGGGGCCUGGACGGCUGCGCGCUGCCCCGCCCCACCCGUUCGCGCCGCCGCCGGUCCCCCGCCCCGCGCUUCAGCGCGGUCAUUCACACACGCACACACUCAGCCGAGUCGACGCGCUCCGCGCGCAGGCUGGCACGGGCGUCGUGCGGCCCAAGUCGGCGUCGGACCUGCUCGGCCUCGCUGCUACGCCAAAGUCGGCUUCGGACCUGCUUGGCUUGGCCAAGUCGCCGACGGCUUCGACGUUUGGGUUCGAUAACGACGACGGCAUCCCCACCCAGGCGCCAGUCCUUGGGCCAGAGCUAACGACGAUCCCGUCGCCGACUCCGACGGCGCGUGAGAAGCCCAAGGCGUGUAUCCCACCUUGGUGGCUCGAUGUUUCGUGCCCGAACUGGAAGGACCUGCGCGACAUUGGCGAGCUGCUCGGCCUGCACCCGCUUACGCUGGAAGACGUCCUGCACCAGGACCCGCGCGAGAAGCUGGACACAUACGACAAGCUGGGCUACUACUUUGUCGUUGUUCGCGCCCUCGAUGAGCAGUACUUCAAGUACACUCCUGGCUCCAACACUGCGCCGCCUGGGCCACCGGGGUCAGAGUUCGUACCUGCCAAUGACUCGGCACGACGCGCCGCAAGCGAGGCGCAAAAGAAGGACCGCCGCCGCUCAGGCUGGGGCUUUGGCCGCUCCACCGGCCAUCUGGCGCGCAAGACGGGCGAGAAGGUCGAGAUUGUCGAAGACAACCCAGGCAAGGAAGGUAUCGAGGGCGUGGGUGUCGGCGGCGUCAACAUGUACCUCGUCGUGUUCUCUGACGGCAUUGUCACGUUCCACUACGACGACGUUAGCAAGCACACAAAGAGAGUCCUCAGCCGCCUUCUCAGUAACCCUGGACAGGGCCACUCGUCCGACUGGAUCGCCCACGGCCUUCUAGACUCGAUCGUUGACGCGUUCUUCCCGCUCGCCGGCUAUGUCGACGGGGCUGUCGACGAUCUCGACGCGCUCACGGUUGACCCCACGCGGGAUCCGCGCGACCCACAGCCGUUGCCCCACCCCAACAUUGAGGUUGCGUCGCCAGCAGACGCGCCGUAUGCGCCGCAUGUGGAGGACGGCGAGAACGAGUGGAUCGAGCUGCAGGAGAAGAAGGCGCAGAUCGCUACAGCUGGGCUGCGUAACCGCGCCCACAAGCGCACUCCGACGUCACGCGUUCUGGCAAGGACCCGUGCCGUGACACAGGCAGCCGUCUCGCAUGUCCACAAGCCCAAGGUCCGGCGCAAGCCCGAGACGACGACCCAGUAUGUCAUCCUCGGCCUGACGUACGUCAAGCUCUUCUUCUUCCCCACGGCGUCGGCGCGUCGGCACCACGUCGCGGCCCAUCGCGAGGAUGUGUUCGACCGGUCUACCAUGCUGCGCAGCAUGACUGACAUGCGCCGCCUCGUGUCUGGCCUCAGCCGCCUGCUCCACGGCAAGCAGUCCGUCGUUGCGAGCAUGCUCAAGCGCGCCGGCGAGAGCGGCAAUGACGUCGAAGCGUACCUGUCCGACGUCAACGACCAUAUUCUUCUCCUCCAGACGUCAUUCUAUCACUACGACUAUAUCCUCUCGCACUGCCAGCCGGCGUACAUGUCCUACCUGCGUGUGGCCAACGCCCUGUCGCGUGGCAGUACCGAUAUCCUCAUUCUCUCGCUGUCUGUCGUCACCGUCGGUAUCCUGCCCAUGCAGGUCUUGGUCGGCAUGUUCUCUCUGAACGUCCACAUGCCGUGCAACGGCGACCGCCAGCACCACAGGCGCGCCGACGGCUCUCCGUCGCCUUAUAACGUCUUUGGCAUGAUUGUCGCCGGCACGGUGCUCAUCAGCUGCAUUGUAGUGCUGCUCAUCCGCUACUGGCGAUACCGUGCCCGUAAAAAGUGGUCCCAGAUCCGCGGUGCCGACGUGCCCGAGCCUUGGAGCGCGUUCUGGGGAUGGGAGUAGCCGCGGCGCGGCGAGGCCAGCUACGAACGGAUCAUUUUCUCACAGUUUCCUGGUUUUUCUUCUUUUCAUUGCAUAACACAACAACAAUCACAGCAUCAUAGAUGGAUAUCAGCAUAGGCAAUCGCAUAAUUCGGGAUGAAUCGGUG